GGCAGAGCUCCACUUAAUCAACCAUGAGGAGGACGCACGUGUUUUGGUUCCUAUGCGUUGCCAUCCUGGUUCUCAUAGGACAAGGAAGUGGUACAAACUCGAAGCCGCGCAAAAAAUUCAGAAAGCCGCUGUCCUUGAUUUCGCCAAAUGACAUGCGUGGCCCCGACGGUCAGAUUUCCAGUUUGUACACGGAAGUGUCGCCGAAACUGAAAUGGCCCAACGGAGUCGUCUACUGGGAAUACGAUUCCGCAAGCACUUUCACCGAUGCGCAAAAGGCGAUCAUCACAAAAGGAAUGCAGCAAAUUCAAAGCGUGACUUGCAUCAAGUUUGUGGCAAGAACGUCUGAAACUGCUUAUAUAAGCAUUCAAAAUACGGCCUCAGGUUGUUGGGCCACUGCAGGCUACCAAGGCACGAAGCAGGCUUUGAACUUGGCAAGCGAUUGCUACGCUGACACGUCGACAUUCAUUCAUGAAGUGAUGCACUCAUUUGGAUUUCAACAUGAGCAAACAAGAUAUGAUCGAGACAUAUACGUGGAAGUUCAGUGGGAAAAUAUUAUGACAGGAAUGGAAGGAAAUUUCGCCAAAUAUCCAAGGACCAAAGCUUAUCCCCGGUACGAUUAUGAUUUUAAUAGCGUCAUGCAAUAUACACUGGACGGAUUUGGAAUUGGCGGGCGGCCAUCGAUGAUCUUGACGUUCAAAAAUUCAUCCCUGAACGAGAAUGAAAUUGGAAAAGCGACAAAAAUGAGCACCUCUGACGUCCUCCGAAUGCAAUCGGCGUACAAAUGUAACUCUAAUGGCGAAGGAUCAGGAAAAAGCAGAGCUUUGUCGUGGGAAAAGGAGUCGAAAUUCGCCAACCAGCCGUACGGAGAACUUUUGCCACUUUCCAAAAUCCAGGGUGCACAAGCAUGCAAAGCAACUGCCGCCAUGAUGAAUUGGGUCAAUACAUAUCAGCUUAAUAAUCUGCAAUCCAAAGACAUCAAAAACUUCAUCGACGACAAAUCCAAGUCAUACCUGUCAACCAUUUGCACACCAGCUACCGUGGUCAACUGCAUCUUUGGCGCCAACGAUUUUGUUAAUUCGUCUGGAUCGAUCAAUAUUCAAAAUCUAAAAGCAUUCCUGUCAACGAACGCGCCAAACACAACUUGGGGAAACAUCAUGAACACAAUUUUGGACCCAAUGAACUCUGAUUACAACACAGCUUAUCAAUUUACAGACAUCGUCGAGGACAACUUUGAGAAGGUUGUUUGUCCAACAGGAAACGUCAACUUACUUCCAAUUAUUAUGAUGCAAAUGCUUCAGAGUGAAAUAAUUUGGAUGUGUCCUAAGCAGGCGGUUUACGAUACAACAAUUAAAAAUAAGAGUGUGGAGGGAGACGUGGUAUAUAAAAGCAGCGGCGCGUCCUUUUACUCAGAACUCGUGAUUCGUUCACACCUGACGAUGGGCAAGACUUCCUUAUUAAUUGUGUUUCUUCUCUUCGCGGAAGCAGUUUUUGGCAAAUCUUACCUGCAACAUUUUAAGCUGCCCUUUUCCCCUUACGACAAUCGGGCACCGCCAGGCAAAAAGGUUUCUGGGCAGUACACAAUCGUGUCGCCCAAGCUCAAGUGGCCCAACGGCAUUGUUUACUGGGAAUACGAUUCAGCCAACAACUUCACCGACGCCGAGAAGGCGAUCAUCCAAAAAGGAUUUGGAGAAAUCCAGAAUGCGACGUGCAUGAAAUUUGUUGCAAAAACUUCUGAAACGGCUUAUGUGAAUAUCAAAAAUAAUGAAGAAGGAUGCUGGGCCACUGGCAAUUACCAGGGAACGAAGCAAGACUUAAACUUGGCUUCGGGUUGCUUUGGUGAUACAUCAACAAUCAUUCACGAAAUGAUGCACGCGAUGGGAUUUGACCAUGAGCAAAAUAGAUAUGACAGGGACAUGUACGUUGAGGUUCAAUGGGAAAACAUCGAGAAAGGAAAGGAGAACAAUUUUGACAAGCAACCGCGGACCAAAGCCUACCCUCGAUUUCAGUACGACUUCAACAGCCUGAUGCAGUACUUUUUGACCGGAUUCGGCAUUGGAGGAAGACCGACGCUUGUCCUUGUGAAUCCGAUGCCGGAGGAAAUCACGAAUAAAAUUGGAAACGCGGUCAACAUGAGCACAACAGAUAUUUUGCGCAUGCGUGGAGCUUAUAGAUGUGAUGCGAAUGGCGAAAAUUCUGGCCUAGGCCGCGUCUUCCUUGGAGAAGAGUCCAAUUUUGCAAAGCACAACUUCUUCUAAUAUUGAAUAUAUGAAAUUUUGCAACUUUUUUAUUUCUCACAAGAAAAGAAUUUCUAUUCUCGCAGUUGUU